GGUCGCUGCACGGACGGUUUGGGAUGGAUUUAUAGGAAUGGAGAUCGAAACGUUAUGAAUUUCAUACAAAAAUUGCUUCUCAGUUGUGGAUUGUAUUUUUCUGACAACUUUGACCAUUUGUUCAUUCACUCCACCCGGUUAAACACGUAAGAACGACAGAAGUAUAAGGCAUUAUAAAGGAUCUUGUUGUGUUGAAACAGGCCGCACGGGCUUCGGAUUUUCCCAAACAUUUGAUCCGGCAUGUAGCGCUCGGCCCACGGGACACUCGCAGCAUUCGACACCCGGUGCCCUGUCAUGGUAUGCACCUAGUGCCCUAUUUGACUGCGGUGGUCAUAGUAGCAAAGCGCUGUCACCGGUUGACCAAGAGCGGUUCCCACUGCCAGUGUACUUCAUCUGCAGCUCCAUUUCAUCUUCAAGACAUCUGAAGAUAAACUGCUUUUGACUCCACAGAGGGCGACUAAGUUACCUGUGUCUUUAAAAGAAGCAAUACCACAUUAUAAGACUUUUAUACAUUGACUGUUAGCCUGAGACUUUAGAAUGGCAUCUGUUCCUGUUUACUGCCUGUGUCGGCUUCCUUACGAUGUCACUCGAUUCAUGAUUGAGUGUGAUGUUUGUCAGGACUGGUUUCAUGGAAGUUGCGUUGGUGUGGAAGAGGACAAAGCAGCAGAAAUUGAUCUGUAUCACUGUCCUAACUGCCAGGUGACACAUGGACCUUCUGUUAUGCGUAAACGACGAGGAGCUUUGAAGCACUCUGAUGGUGGAGGGGGGAGAGAGUCAGGACGUCCUGUUAAGACGGGCAGCGCUCAGUUUGUCCGAGAGUUACGCAGUCGUACGUUUCCCAGUGCUGAUGAAAUCUUGCUGAAGCCGACGGGACCCCAGCUAACAGUCGAAUUUCUAGAGGAACGUUCCUUCAGUGUCCCAGUCCUGGUUCUCAGGAGAGAUGGCUUGGGAAUGAAUCUGCCCCCACUGUCUUUCUCUGUAACAGACGUAGAGCAUUAUAUCGGUUCUGACAAGGAAAUAGACGUGAUUGAUGUCAACCGCCAAGCAGACCUGAAGAUGAAACUGGGAGAGUUUGUCGAGUACUAUAACAGCCCAAACAGAGAGCGAGUGCUCAAUGUGAUCAGUCUGGAGUUCUCAGACACCAGGUUGUCAAAUCUGGUGGAGACACCAAAGAUAGUGAGGAAGCUGUCAUGGGUGGAAAACCUCUGGCCUGAGGAAUCUGUCUUUGAGAGGCCUAAUGUGCAGAAAUAUUGCCUGAUGGGGGUGAAGGACAGUUACACAGACUUCCACAUUGACUUUGGAGGAACCUCUGUGUGGUACCACGUACUCAAGGGUGAAAAGAUUUUUUACCUCAUUCGUCCCACCGCUGCUAACCUGGCCCUUUUUGAGCGCUGGAGUUCAUCCUCCAAUCAGAAUGAGUUGUUUUUCGGUGACCAGGUAGACAUGUGCUACAAAUGUUCACUUAAGCAAGGAAAUACCCUCUUCAUCCCAACAGGCUGGAUUCAUGCUGUCCUGACCCCGGUGGACUGUUUGGCAUUUGGUGGAAAUUUUCUUCACAGCCUCAACAUAGACAUGCAGCUUCGUGCGUAUGAAAUAGAGAAGCGUCUGAGCACAGCAGACUUGUUCAGUUUUCCAAAUUUUGAGACUGUGUGUUGGUAUGUUGGAAAGCAUCUGCUGGACACCUUCAGAGGUUUAAGAGAGAAUCGACGGCAUCCUGCCACUUACCUGGUCCAUGGAGCCAAAGCUCUCAACAACGCUUUCCGUAUCUGGACACGGAAGGAGUCUCUCACUGAUCAUGAACACGAGAUUCCAGAGACCAUAAAGACCCAGCAGCUAGUAAAGGACCUGGCUAAAGAGAUACGUCUGGUUGAGGAUAUCUUUCAGCAGAAUAUUGGCAGGAGCGGGACACCCUUUGGUGCCUCGCAGGGUCUUCCAUCUCCUCACCUCAAAGCUCCUAUCAACACUUCCCUCACUUCUGGCAGACCCCCGGGUAAAAAAAGAGGCCCAAAGACGAAGGAUGGAUUUGGAGGAGGGGACUUAGGCCCUUUAGUACCAAAGAAAAAGAGCCAGAAAGGCAUAAAAACAGAAGCUGGAGAGCUUGAUCUGCUGGAGAUUCAUACUAAACACACGCUCAAGAAAUUCCAGCCAGGGUGCAAAGUCAAAAAGAGCAAGGUUGAGCUGCCUGACGACUGUAUAGAUGACUUUGAGGAGAAAAUCAACAAAAGCAAGCUCAAGCUCGUGUUGGCUAAUGGAAAGAUUCAAGGGAAGAAGGGCCGUGCUGGCAGUGCAAAUGGAGCAGGGAGUUCACUACAGCAGUUCCAGCCUCACAUGAGUACCUUGUCUGACUUUGAUUCAGAAGAUGAGCUGCAGAUUGAUGAAACCCCUCCACCUCGCCGUAGACCAUCUCUACCAAGCAAAAAGAAACUAGCUGGUCUACCAAGGAAGCUACCUCGGGCCAAACCAUGCAGCGACCCCCACAGAAUCCGUGAGCCUGGAGAAGUGGACUUUGAUAUUGAGGAGGAUUACACCACAGAUGAAGAGAUGCUCACAGUUCAGGGUGUGAAAGGAGGAGCAGGUGGCAUUUUGGAUUUACUUAAGGCAAGCAAACAGGUGGCGGGUCUGGAUUCUGCACUGAGCGAGGAAGCACCAGCCUCCCCCAGCACCAGAGAUGCCAUCCAGGGCAUGCUUUCCAUGGCCAAUCCUCCAUCUUCCUCAUCCUCUUCCUCAUCUUCCUCUCCUCUGUCUGUCUCUGGAGGGGGUGAGAUGCUGGGGCUCAUGAAGGAGAAAAGAGGCAGAGCGGGAUGGGUCGGUGGUGGAGUCAAGAAGGCCGAGAAGAUCAUUCAGAGGCCAGGCAAACGGCCCAUUAAACGUCCGGCACGGCACCUGAGUGAUGAAGAGAGCCUAGAUGAACAGGAGACGCUGGGGACAUGCUUUAAAGACUCAGAUUAUGUGUAUCCAUCACUAGAAUCAGAUGAAGAGGACCACUUAAACAAGUCUAAAAUGAAAAGAAAGCGAAAUUGGGACGAUACCCCUUGGAGUCCUAAAGCCCGUGUGACCCCAACACUGCCCAAACAGGAGAGACCAGUGAGAGAGGGUGCCAGAGUGGCAUCUGUGGAAACGGGGCUUGCAGCUGCUGCCGCCAAACUGGCACAACAGGAACAACAGAAAACCAUAACCAAACGCAAAUACACAAAGAAGAAGGUCUCUCAGGAGAAAGUACGUUCUAGUGUUGCCCAGCUCCAGCAUCAGCCCGACUCUGCGCCCUUGUCUCCUCCUCUUCCUUCUGAGCCUCCAGUGGACUGCAUCGUGGAGGAGCGAAGAGUGGAGGUGUAUUCUGCCAGCCUGCUGGAUCACGAGUACACAGCAGGACCAGGUCCCUUCAGCCCAGGGGGGCCGAGAGGAAGUGGAGCCAUGGCUCCUGGUGUGUUCCUGACCUCAAGACGAUCCUCACUCUCUCCUCAAAACAGUAGCAGCUACUCUCCCUCAGCUCUCUCACCAGGGGGGAUGAGUUCUCCAACAUCGGGAGGAUCAUGUCAAGCAAAACGUCCAAAGAAAGGACUUGCAACAGCUAAACAGAGACUGGGAAAGAUUCUGAAAAUACAUAGAAACGGCAAGCUUCUCCUGUAAGAGAUAACAUGGAGACUGCAGGGAACAAUAGAGAUGGAGAGAACAAAUAAGGAUGAAAAAGAAGAAAAACUGACUGGUUUGGUGUUAAAAAACUGGUUUGGACUGUUUUCUGGUUAGUCUUACACUUGCCUGGUUUAUUCGGACACAAAUGGUAUCAUUUGCAUUGAGAACAUUUUGAAGGGAAAUCUUGAAUUUCAUCAAUUUUGUAGAGCAUGUUGAUGGUUGUUUGAACUGUCAUGGGUGAGAAGAUUAGAUUUUUGAGUACAUUCAUCAGCUUAGAAACGUGUACAUGUCACAACUUUCUCAUGGCUAUUUGUUUAACCUCCUAAAGCCAUCCAUAUUAUUUGUUUACUUUCUUUGUGUAGUAUGUGCUAAUAUCAUAUUUUAUUACAUAGAAGGCAAUUUGAUACACCAUUGACUGUCAUUUCUGUAGAUCAAGUCCUGUAGUCAAGUCUUUUGCUUGUUGAAGAAUGUUUUACUUUAGUGUACUAACACAUUUUUAUUAACAGUUGUAUUUAGAUGUGUAUAUAUUUUAAGUUUUGUUUUGUUUUGUUUGUGUUCCAAUCUUAGCAUGGGCUGUACAAUGUCCUGCCACUGUUUGGCCAGCAUUUCUUGUUUGCCUUCCCAUAUAUGUCCAAGUUAAACUGUAGACUGCUGGGUUUGGUGGUUGUGCACAUUUUAGUAAAUGAAAAGGACACAAAAACAGUUUUGGUCGGAAGGGGAAUUCUGUGUACAGAUUUGAUGUUUGUUUUUUGUUUUUAUUUGUAUAGAGUAAUUAAGCUGUUUUUUCAUCGAUGCUUAUAAUAAUAGCAAUGUGAUAAAGUUAAUGUAUUUUAUUGUGUGUCAAUUUAUUGUUAAUUUUGCCCCACACUUGGUAAUAUUAAUUGUAAUGUAAUAUACUUUUUAAUACUCCAUUGGCAAGUUAAAUAUACAUUUUCUUGUGAGUUUUAUUAUGUAAUGGCAACAAUAAGUUUUGUCAUUUUCUUUGACCUUUGUCUAUAAUAAGAACCAAAAAUAUUGGACGUCUUUAAAUAUGUGGGCCAGUGUAAAUAUUCAACUGUGACUAUUAUUCUUCUGAAAAUUGUCACUGAUCUUAACCCUGCCCAAAUGAUGUUAUGCCACCCAAAUGUGACUAGAAUCCCAUUUUGAAAUUUGUUUUGAUCACAGGGAAAAAGACAGUUGUUAAAUAUCCUCUUCAAGAUACCUUUAUUAUUUUUUUAAGAUUAUUCUAAAAAUUUAAAGGAUAUUUCUGGAAUAUUUUGAGGUUUUUGUGUAUAUUGCUUGUCAUCAUUCUUGAGUUGUUUCUAUUCAUAUGAUACAUCUGUGCCUUUGGUACAUAACAACCUCUCCUAUUUAAAUUGUCCAUAUCAUUACAUUUGAUAUUGGUUUGAAAUGUGAAAUUAUGCCUGGGUCUCUGUUGUUAAAAAAUAAGAUACACGUAAAAGAAACGGGAAUGAUGUAAAGAAUCAAGAAAUUAUUCAAAAACCACAAAAUAUAUAAGAACCGACAUUGAUGUUCUAAUUAAAACCUACAUUUAAGUUAUUCAUUUUGUCAAUUGUGUGCAUUUUAGGAGUCAUCCUUCUCUUGUCUGUUAGUUUGUUUUGAACAAUAGUGUUAACUACACAGUUCCUCUCAGGGUUUGUUUUGUAUCUAAUAUCAUUUUGAUAGAACAGUUACAAAAUGAUCAACAGUAGUGUGAUGAGUAUACAUUCAGGACCACUUAUAAGCAAAUUAAAUUGGAACCCAAUUAAUAUUUAUAUAAUUGGAUCUUGUCUUUUGCUAUUAUCACCACCUUUGAUUUUUGAAAACACUCAAGUUUUUCAAGUUGACCUCUAAUAAAAGAUAUUUUUAAAACCUGUA